CUAGAGAUCAAGAUGGGACCGGUUGUCGCUGUUGUGAUGCUGCUGGCUUUAGCCUCGACUCUGGCAAGCCCCACUUAUAGAGGCAGCUAUGGUGAUUAUCAGUCCGGAAAUAGUUUGAUCAGUGGAACUAAGACCGGCGGUCCCUUUGCCACAAAUAACCUGGAUGCUGCACUGAUUUCGGGGGGUACGAGUGGCGGACCCUUCCAAAACGCACAGAAGAGCGGCGGCUUGAUAAUUGGCAGCCACACGGGCGGACCUUUUGGGAGUAAGAGCCAAAACUCGGACCUCAUAAGCGGAACACAUACGGGAGGAGGACCCAUUGGAAGCGAUGGCCACACGGAAGGGCCCUUUGACGGUUCAUCGGUUGGCGGGGGAUUAUAUAACGGCCUAAAUACAGGAGGACCAUUUAGAGAUCAUUAUUAUCUUAAUUAAUCUCACAAAUAUGCCAGAAAAAUAGAAUAAAAUCUUUAGAAUACAUAAUUUUUUAUAAACGUGAACAUAGGAAUAGUAAAGAUUAUACUUAUUUUUACUAAAUUUUGCUGUAGUUCUACUUUUGAAUCUUAAAAAAUACCAUUCAAGUUGUUCCUAUUUA